AUGCUACAGAACAUGUCAGGGGUGAGCAGUGGGCAUACCAGGAGGCGAGAGGAGUUUAAGGUUGUGAUAGUAGGUGAUGGUGGAUGUGGGAAAACCUCCCUACUCCGGGUUUGCACUAAAGGAGACUUUCCAGAGGUAAGACAACUGACAAAGCCAGCUCAUCAGCUGGCUGCUUCUCUUCUCUAUUUACACUUACAUUUCAGGGAAAAGGGUACCUAUUUACAUUAUUUAUUCAGCACUAUUAUUAUUCUGCAUGUAGACAUUAUAGUGAGGACUGUAAGUGACAACACAAUUUAUAUUUGCACACAAGAUGACAAAAAUAGCAAAGUUAACUUAAACCUUUUUAGCUACCAUCUUUGAAAUAACAUUGAAAAAAUACAGGACUUGAAAGAGAACUCAAUGUCUUUCAGAAAUAUGUUCCAUCUGUGUUUGAAAAAUGUGUCGCCAACGUGAGGUACAGAGGCGCUGAGUUUCGCCUGAACAUCUACGAUACUGCAGGUAAGGUCUUACAUAUCCAUGCUUUUGAAAGCACCAGUGCACUAACACCUGGCUAAACAGGUAUCUUGAGUCUUUAGUGGGCAUGUUGUGCUCAUAAUAGUCAAAUAUACAGUAUCUUAGAAAUGCAAUAACAGACACCCUCUGGUUGUUAAAGAAUCAUAAUAAUGUACUGUACUAUAAGUGAAAUUCAGGAGAGAGUCAUAGUAGAUUUUAAUGAAAGAUAAAGGAAUAACAGAUAAGGCUGCCAUUUGAUUUAAGCAGCCAACUAGUCUUAAGAGUUAUUUUAUUUUGCUGUGCAAUUUUCAAGACAUUAAUAAUGCACAUCCAUCUAUUUCUGUGUAUUUCAGGUCAAGAGGACUAUGACCGAUUACGGCCUCUGUCCUAUCAGAGUGCCAACAUGGUAUUGAUCUGCUAUGAUGUCACUUGCCCCUCAAGUUAUGACAAUUUGCUAAUAAAGGUACUGCACUCUUCUCUUCAUACUUUACUGCUCCUUUUUCUGUUUGUCCACAGAAUGAGGAAGAAACAUGAACAUACAAUGCUAUAAUUUUCAUGACAUCUACAACAUAAUUAAUGUCCCUGAAAAUAGGUGACAAUGUCAGCUGACUAUCAGAAAGACAUUUGAAUACUUGCUCAAGCAAGCAUUUAUCAGGUUCAUGGUAAAUUCGUUUUGCACAGUAGAUGCAGUCACUCUCACAGGAAUUAUUCUAUGGGCCAUACAAAGAUCCCACUGACUAUAAAUGUAUUUUCACUGCAUGACGUAGGAUGUUUAGAAUAUCUAACUCUGUUUAGCAUAUCGUUCAGUGGUUCCCAGAGGUGCAUCACUUCUGCCAUGGCGUGCCCAUUAUUCUGGUAGGAUGCAAAACAGACCUGCGGAAAGACAAGGUCUUGGCAAAGAAACUGUGGUCUUCAGGCCAGAACCCCAUCACAUACAUUCAGGUAGAGAUUUCAUACAUAGCCUUAUGUAUAACUUAUCGACAUUGAAUGUACUGUCUAUCUGCUGUGCAACUUACAUGAUAAUAUGUAAUUCGUUUUGGGUUUAUUGAAAAUGCAAUACAAGUGGUUAAAUUAGGGUGGUUUGUUGGGAAAGGGAGACUUUGAUCAGAAGUGUUUGAUCAAAAACACCUUCAAAAGAUCAAUAGCAGUGAUGAGAUUAUGUUAAUGACAGUAAUGACAAUGCAAAUCCCCACUCACCCCAAAUCUGUGAGUGAUAAUCAAAAUUCUGAAUCGCCCUUUCACAUGGACUAAAUGUAUUUAUCUGCCAUUUUCUUUUUGGCUAGUUCGUGUCAGGCAGGGAACCUUUGUCAUGCAAUAUUUUCCAUUUGCAGUCAGACUGAAAACUCUCAACAGGAAGUUACCUCAGAAUAGUCUACUGAGGUAAUGUUUUGUUGGCCUCUCUCAAUUAGAAUCACAACAACUUUUUUUUUUUUUUUAUUCAUCUGAGCAGGGUGAAGAGACCAAAAUGAAGAUCAACGCUGAGCUCUACUUGGAGUGUUCAGCCAAAUACAAGGAGAAUGUAGAGGACAUAUUCAAAGAGGCUACAAAACGAGCCAUUGCAGCAACAAGGAAGUCCAGAAAGGCAAAUUGGAAACGAUUCUGUGCCCUUCUGUGA